AUGAGUGAACAGAAGGAGACGCCUUUCGUUGUAGCUCUGCUAGCGGGCGGAUGCGCAGGAACGGCCGUGGAUGUUGCGUUGUUCCCCAUCGACACCAUCAAGACGAGGCUACAGUCGCCUCAAGGCUUCAUGGCAGCAGGAGGCUUCAAGGGAGUUUACAACGGGCUGGCGUCUGCUGCAGCAGGAUCUGCGCCGGGAGCAGCUCUCUUCUUCUCUACCUACGAGACUUCGAAGAACGUGCUGCUGAAGCGCUUCGAUGAGAAGUAUCACAGUGGAUGCUACAUGAUGGCGUCUUCUGCUGGUGAAGUCGCUGCUUGCCUGGUUCGCGUUCCUACCGAGAACGUGAAGCAAAAGAUGCAGGCCGGGAUGUACAAGUCAACCAUGGAUGCAAUCAGGGGAAUCAACUCAACUCAGGGGUUUUCCGGAUAUUAUGUCGGAUACUUCACCACUGUUAUGAGAGAGAUUCCGUUCUCUUUGAUUCAGUUUCCCAUCUACGAGGGUCUCAAGAAGAAAUGGUCCAACUGGCAAGGGCACCAAGUGUCUCCGUUGCAGUAA